CUCGUGCUAUAUUGGAGAUGAAGAUAAAAUACAUAAGUUUCACACGUCCAAUGUACUUAAUAUUUUACAGCGAUACAUAUGGGACUGUGUUCCAAAUUCGUAUUAUCGUACAAACCAGUUUGGGAUGUUCGAUUAUCACAGGACGAAUCUACCGGGUGAUUGUAUAGGCAUAUUUUACAUAGUGAACAACAGGCCCGAAGGAAUUGGAUUCACGAUUUCUAAAAAUGCCGUUCGAUGGGAAAGGUUUCCUUUAUCACCGGGAAAACCAGUAUACCUAUAUAUGCGAAUGAUGGAGUCAAUGCUUCAAUUUCGGACGAUUCCGUUAUACAACGUACCCUCAUUACAAGGAUUAUGUCGCGAAGUCAUUUUCCAGCAUAUGAAGAGGAAGGACGGACACUUGACGGCGGCAAAUAUAGAGAAGUUGGAAAUACCGAAGACUCUGAUUCAAAAAUUAACGCUUCACGAACAAAAUAAUUCUCCUCCUCUAAAGAUUGCCAUUUUUAUGCUGAUGAAGGCACAGACAGUUACAGUUAAUUAAUUCAAAUAAGAGCAUCUGUUUAAAUUAUUUACUUUUUGGUAACUUUUUUAAGUUACGCCUUCG